AUGAUGAAACGUAAUACAACAAUUACAACAAAACAAACGCAAACAUUCCCUUUAACAUCAUUUCCGAAAAGUCAAUCAGGAAUUAUUACAAAAUUAUUCGAAGGUGAACGUUCAAUGACGAAAAAGAUAAUAAUUUACUUGAUAGUUUUGAACUCUGGCAUUUCUUCAAAUUCGGAUGAUGGAUCAGAAAUUGAAGUUACAUUUGAAAUUGAUGCAAAUAGUAUUUUAAAUGUUUCAUCUGAUGAUCAAACUUCUGCAAAAUCUAAUAAAAUUACAAUCACCAACGAAAAAGAGCGUUUAUCUAAAGAUGAAAUUGAACGUAUGAUUGCUGAUGCUGAAAAAUAUAAAAAAGAAGAUGAGUUUGCUGAACAAGAAGAAAAUGAAAAGAAGUUGACAAAUUAUGUUCAUCAAUAA